AUGUCCCAGGACAAAAACAACGCCCCAACAGUCCCCAACGGCUACACCGCCCGCUUUGACGACAACUACAAGCACUGGUAUUUCGUGGACUUGAGCACGAAAAAGUCCCUGUGGGAGGCUCCCGAAGGCACCACCUGGGCCAAGAGUGACGACGUUGCUCCUCCUCCUUACAAUCCCAGCGGAUCCGGUGGAGGAAAUGGCGACGCCAAUCGCGCCCAGGCGUCUCCUCCAAACCAACAAAUGGCUCCACAGGGUACAAAUGCCGGUGGAUUCCAGCAACAAGGUUAUGGCGCCGGUCCCGGUGCUGGUCCUGGUCCUGGUCCCGGUGCUGGGCCUGGUCCCGGUCCCGGUGGCCCAGGCUACGGCGGAUACCCACCUCAAGGUUACGGUGGCUACCCUCCUCAGCAAGGUUACGGGGGUUACCCUCCACAACCUGGUUAUGGUGGCUACCCACCUCAGCAGGGAUACUACCAACAGAUGCCUCCUCAACAGCAGCAGCAGCAGCCACAAGGACGUCAAGGUUUUGGCGCCGGAGGUAUGGCCCUCGGUGCCGGUGCCGGUAUGUUGGGUGGUAUGAUGAUGGGAAACGCCAUCGCCAGCAGUCAGGCCAACGCAUACGCCGACGGAUACAACGACGGUAACAUGAACGACGACUACGGUGGCGGUGGCGACUUUGACGGAGGUGACUUCUAG